AUGGAAGUCGAAGAAAAUCAAUCCAAUCUAUAUAUUUAUAAUCAUCAAAUUUACUUAGAAAAUCAAGGAAAAUUUACACAGAAACUCACAGACUAUAAGAAUAAGUUUAAAAAAUAUCGACAAUAUUGCCACAAUGAACUAUUUUUACAGUUUUUAGAUGAAUUGCAACAAUUCUUAUUAGAACAACAAAAUUUAUUACAAGAACAGCCGCCUUUGCUGCAACAGGAACAACAACCUUUACAACAAGAACAACAAAAUUUAUUACAAGAACAACAACCUUUACAACGACAAGAACAGCUUUUACCACAAGAACUCUUAUCAACUUUUGAUAAAAUCCUAUCAGACAAACAACAAUUCAUAAGCGAACAACAGCAGUUUAUACGAGUGAAGCAAAAUUCCGUAAAUAAACAAAUCAAUCCUACUUAUCCAACAUGUGACUACCUAAAAGCUAUUCUUGCUCCUAAUAAUGCAAAUAAUAUUAUAGAAUCAGGAAAUAACGGUUUUGGAUGUGACCGGAAUGCUUUGUUGAGAAAUCUCAAAUUAAAAGAUGACUAUAUCAAUGAUUUGAAAAAAGCUAAUGAUGAUUUAAGAAAUAAAGCUAUAAAGUAUCAAUUGGCCUUGGGUCAUGCAACAGGUUCUCACUUAGAAAAUCAAGAUUCUGAUAGUGCCGAUCAAUUAUCAAAGGAUAUUCAUACUUUACAUAACCGUCUAGAUAAAUUUUGUGGUUUAAAAAGAGGAGUCGAAAUUAAAGAAUCGGAAGUAAAGGAACUUUUAGAGAGAUAUGAUUGCCAGCUAAUCGGUGAAAUACGAAAUAAUAAGAAUUUGAUUUCUGGUUUAUUAGAACGGCAUGUAAUUGAAACCAUCAUUAAUAAAAGUAAUAAAUAUUUUAAAGAGAAUAAUGAGGAUGACGAACAAGACAAUGAUCAAAGAUUGGAGGCUAAAAUAGUUAAUACAACAAAACAGUUAUUGGAGCUAAUAAAUGUGGUUCCAGAGAAUCACACUGGGACUGAUGAAGAACAUCAGUUAAUUGUAAAAUUGCAAACAGAAAUUGCGAAGCUAAUGAAUCAUUAUUGUACAUUUAAAGAUCAAAAAAAAUUAUCGGAAAACGAAGAAAUGAUAGAAGAGAUCGUUAGACAAGUUGUUAAUAUAUUUCUGUUUAGAUUAAAAGUACAAGAACCCAUUGCCUAUUGGAAAUUUUUUGAAAACAAGACAUGCAUCAAUACUAUUAUGACAGAAGCAUCUUUAGAUAGUAGUGGGCUUGGAAAUGUAUAUGUUGGUGUUUGUUUAUUUUCAAUAAUUGGAUCUAAUCUUUGUGAAGCUAAAGAAGAAAACAAAGAUUUAAAAGUAAUAUUUCUAGUACAAAUUAUUCCCAUUAAUCUAUAUUAA